AUUUUCUUCGAAAAACUUUUACACACACACGAACUGAGCUGAAACAAUGGCCACCCAAUUACGUACCGUUGUUGGAAAAACGUUCGGUUGGCUCUUUGUUGCCGUAAGCACCGUACUCAUCUUCUAUCAUGUCUUCACAGGAAAGGGUGAACGAGUGAGGCGUUGGUGGUUCCUCUCGGCUUCUUCGCCUUACAUGUGGGCAUGUCUGGGUAUCGGUUUGGCCGUGGCCUUGUCCGUCGUAGGUGCUGCCCUCGGUAUUCACACUACUGGAACCAGUAUUGUGGGUGGUGGUGUUAAGGCUCCCCGUAUCAAGACUAAGAACUUGAUUUCUGUUAUUUUCUGCGAAGCCGUCGCCAUUUAUGGUCUUAUCACUGCUAUCGUCCUCUCCGGUUUGUUGAGAGUCUUUCAAAAUGGAGACAGCACUUCUAGUCAAACCGUGAUGAAUAAUAAUUGGACCGCCGGUUAUGUUAUGUUCGGUGCUGGUUUAGCUGUUGGUUUAGUCAACUUGUUCUGCGGUAUUGCGGUUGGUGUAGUGGGCUCUGGUGCUGCUUUAGCUGAUGCUGCCAAUUCUGCCUUAUUUGUGAAAAUUCUUAUUGUUGAGAUUUUCGGAUCAGCCAUUGGUCUCUUCGGCUUGAUCGUGGGCAUCUAUAUGACCUCUAAAGUCAAAAUGGGUGACAAGGAGUAAAUGCUCCCAUCUUAUAAUUAUUAGCCGUAAGCGAAAAUCACGAUUUUUGCAAUAUUAGACAAGAUCACAAAUUCUUUAACCAUUCCAUCUAAUAAGAAUUACAUUGGAAAUACCAAAUAAAGUAAAUGAUAAAUAUACUUAAUAACGAAAACUAUUCUCGUAACAGUGAAAUAUCUUCAGAUACAGAUGAGUGUGUGUAUGGGUACACGGAAAUAGAUCCGUAGAGAAAUUCUCUUUGCUACAAAUGAAAUGAAAAUAAUCACAUUAUUGGCCUAAUUUAUAUCGUUCUUUUUAUAACUCCUAUUUGUUAAAUCUUUUGUAAAACUAGGAUUGCAAAAAAUCAGCAUCAAUAUGCAGCCCCAGUUUUCUAUAAGAUUUGAAUGCCAGCACUUAACAUAUAACUAUCUAAUUGUAAUUUGUUUUUUUUUAGUUAAUCUUCCUUUUUGGAUUACAUUGUUAACCUUUGUGUAUUAUUUUUAAAAGUUUAUAUUACUAUACAUAUUACAAAUAUAAAAAUGAUUUAUUAUAUUGAUUGUAUGCUAUUGUAUAAAAAGUAUUCGAUAUAUAAAUAAAAAUGUUCUUUUCUUUCAGGGAAAAA